GUCAUUCCACACCGCACGCGAAGCAGCGGCUAAGCGGCGUCUGACGCCAGAGGAGCGACAGGCCCUCUUCAGCCAGGAGCUCAUCUCGUCCAGGGCGAAGAAUGCGCAGGCAGACGAGAAGGACAUAGAGGAGGACGGCGCGUCGGAAGGGCCCGCAGCGCACGAGAUGGAGAAGAUGGGCGCCUUCAAAGCCUGGGCCAACUUGGUCGCCUACACCGUUGCCGUUGUCGUGACUGGCGCGCCAUCGGUGAUGGCUUCGCUCGGUAUUGUACCAGUCGUCUUGAUGUCGCUGCUGUUCUGCAGCAUUGCAUACUGGAGCGGCAUGCAGUACUUUCACCUGCGGAUGAAGUACCCCGGCAUCUGCAACCUCGAAGAUGCCGGCUACUUGCUGUACGGCCCAGUCGGCAGAGAGCUCUUUGGCUUGUCGCAGCUGCUGUUCAGCAUCUUCCUGCAAGGCUCGCACGUCAUCCUCGGCUCCAAGGCUCUCGCCACGCUGGGCUGGCACGACGACUGCUUCCUGGCGCUUGGCGCCGUCUUUGCCAUCAUGAGCUGGAUCUGCAACAUCCCCCGCGACUAUGCCAAGCUCGGCGGCCUGGCUGGCGUGGCGUUCCUGAGCAUCUGCAGCGCGAUUGUCUUCACAAUGAUCGUCAGUGGCAUUGAGGGUCCGCAGGUGCCGGCCGGUGCCAUCAUCAUGAAGAACAUCAGGGCCUUUGGACCUUCUCAGCCCGAAGGCAUCACAGCCACUGCAGCGCUUCUACAGGUCACCAACCUCUUUCUCUCGUUCGGCUCGCACACGGCAUUCCUGCCCGUGCUCUUUGAGAUGAAGAACCCGGCCCAGUUCCCGAAGGUCCUGCGCGGGCUCAUCGCCGUCAACUUCCUCAUCUACGUCGCCACGGGCGUCGUCAUCUACGCCACGCUUGGCCGCUACGUUGUCACGCCGGCAUUCGACUCGCUGCCCGCCAGAUUCGCGCAGAUCGCCUACGGCAUUGCUUUGCCGACGAUCAUCAUCGCCGGCUGCGAGUCGGGCCAGAUCGCUGCCAAGCAGGUCUUCGUGCGCAUCUUCCGCAGCCGUCCGCACCAUAUGACGACGAACACUCUCCUCGGCUGGGGCACCUGGCUUAGCAUCAACGCCGUCACAUGGGGUCUCGCAUGGCUUCUCGCCUCCCUCAUCCCCUUCUUCCCGCAGUUCCUCGGCCUCGAGGCGUCCCUGCUCUGGGUCAUGUUUAUCGCAUACGGCGCGCUCUUCUUCGCGCACCUUAAUCCCGCUGCGCUGCUCAACUGGCGCGCCUACUGGCACCACAUCGCCGCUGCUGUCGUCACGGUCCUCGUUUGCGCGUUCAUCUGCGUCGCCGGCACGUACGCCAGCGCCCGCUCCAUCGCAGGUGAGCUAGGUGGCCAUCACCUUGUAGAUACCUCGCUGAACCUGGCGCUCGCAGAUCUGUACCGGCUGGGCGAGGUUGCUGGAGUCUUCUCGUGCGCACGAGCAGCUGGCGCUGCUUGA